CGAGUGGGGGGAAUGCAAGCAAGAUUGAGCCUGCAGUAGUGGUUCAUUUGCUGACUUGCAACAUGGUUUUAGGAGCAAGUAGCCAGUGAGGAAUACAAGAAGACACUAGAUAUUUGUAACCCUCUCACACACUGUAUGGCUUUGUGAGAGAGAUUUGCUGAGCUCAUCAACCACCCACCCCCCCACCACCGCCACCGACAUGCUGACUGCUGGUGUGUGGCUGAUGGCCCUGCUAGGCCCAGUGCAAGGCUGGGGCCUGUCACCGGCAGCUGACGACAAUGCUGCGCCAGACCUCCAGUGCAGCCGCUGCUUCCACGGGCAGACAUUUCCUCAGUGGGAAGGCUUGGCGCCAAGCCCUAUGUGUCACAGGACGCCCGGCGGCCACGACUUCGCCACCCUGCGCAGGCUCGACUGUGAAACGGCUGUCGCCUCGGCCCUCCGUCUAGGCCCUGGAUGGAUGCAGGGACAAGAGGGAGAGGAGCUUGUGGAAAUAGAAGCGGAUGGAGUCAAAGUGUCCAUUCCAGCUCUUCUCAGAGGAGGCGAGCAUGCGUCUCCAGCUACAGACUCCCCCCUCCAACGGUGGGACUGGGCCGUCUCCACUCUGGUUCGAUCCAGCGUUGCCCCCGAGUGCAGCGCUCUGGGUGGGGAGCUCUACGUCCUAACAGGGGCGGGAGCACCCGGGGACGAGGGGUGUCAGGCGGGGCCGCUGCUGUGGUCCGCGGCGUGCUGCUCGGUCCCGGAGGCCGAGGGCGACUUCAGUGUGGGCUUGAUCAGCGAGACGGGAAAUGACGAUGUCAACGAGAAACGAGUGAGCGUCAAGGAGCUGCAGGAGAGGCUGGGAGUGGAGGAGCUGUUCUCUGGAGGCUGCGCGGGGGCGGACGGGGAGUCGACCGGUGUCGCGCUGAGUCUUCACACCGGGGACCGCACACGAGAGUUGGCUGCAGAUGAAAUCGCUUUGGACAGCAAAAUCGAUGAUGAAAGCGACUCUGAUUCGAGCGAAGCGGAUGCAAGUGAUGCAGAUGAAAGCGACCCAGAUGAAAGCGAAGCGUUUGCAAGGGAUGCGGAAGCGGAUGUGACAGAGGAGUCUGCAGUGAAGACUGAGAGCAGCAGUGCAGAGGAGGCUGAUGAGACGCGUUCUGUUGAAACUGUGCCUGAACAGGAGGACGAGGCAGACGCCAAUUCCAGCAGCAUUGUGGUCUCUAUCUUCUCCACCACGUUGUCCAUCCUCAAAGCUCCACUCAGGCCUAUCUUCUCCAGAAUCACUCAGUUCCCCGGACAGGUGACAUAUGUUCUCCGGGAAGAACUCGCCGUCCUCGCUGCUCUUCCAGGAGACUCCUUUUCCCUCUUCUACCUCUUGACGUCGGACCUGUUAUCGUGGAUGCGCUGGGCAGCCGAAACGCUGCUGGACAUCCUGAUGAACUGUGUCUAUAGCCUUUACUACUGCGUCUCCUCCAUGCUGGCAGAACUGCUAAACAGUUGCUUCACAGGUGUCACUGGCGUGGGGACGCUAGCCGGCGACACGGUCUGGAUAUUCGGGGACGCCCUGGGCAACACCUGGUGGGUAAGCAAGUUCUUCGGAGGGCGUCUUCUGAAGCAGAGCGGGGACUACGCCGGGACGGUGGCGAUGGAGAUGGGGGAUCAGGCGCUAGCCCUGGGCGGAGGGACGGGCUGGCUGGCGUGGAGAAGCGUAGCCGGGGUGUUCAAUAUGUUCAUCAUUGGGGGGAAUAUCCUCAUCGGGGUGGUGGAUGUGGUGUUUGGGGCUUUCAAGGAAGGUUUUGGACAGGAGAAGGAAAUGAAACCGGUCCACACUGUUUUGUCUGAGACUGAGUAGGAACAUUUUGGAGUGGUUGUGUUUUUUCUUGCACUGGAAUCUUAUUUUCCCAACGUUUUUAAAGGCUUAACAAUGAACAUAAAUUAUUGUUUUGUUCUAUUUAAAGAGGACAUAUUGUGGAAAAUUUACUUCUAAAUGGCUUCUAUCUAAAUAGUCGGGUCUUCGAGGACCAAUUAUGAAAUUAAACUAAGUAAAUAUUUUACCUGCCUAUUUCUGAAAAUGUGUGUGAGCAAGCCGUUCUCUGCUUCCGGUACUUUUACAUAACUGUGUGAAUAAUUUACAUAAUAGCCUCGGGACCUUGAGUUUGACACUUGUGGAUGUAGAGGCACUAUUAUACAGACACACCCACAUCUCCUGCUUGUGUGACGCCCCUGUCAUCAUGUUAAAGCCGAAAGGUAAGCUGAGCUGCAUGGAGUUUUGUUUGAUACACAGAUUAGCAUUAGCUUCUGAUGAGUGGCAUAUACUCGAUUGUGCGGUGAAGUUGGUGGCAGUGGGGGUGUAUUUGUGUUUGGUGAUGUGUCAAUGUGCCAUAUACAUACUGCAGUGUAUGAAGUACUGCCUCCUUCAGUGAAAAUGCUUUCAUUGUCUUUUCAAGGAUUCAAGAACUUUAAUCUUCAUACCAACACACAUUUACACACGAAAUUUGUUACCCAAUGUCCCAGAUUAGCCCAAUAAGUCUCAAGGCUUGUGAAAUAUACAUAGAGUAAGAAAUAAGAUAAAAUAAGACAGGAUAAAAAAAGAUAAAAACACUUAUUUGAACAUUUGUUUACUUUUAUGGGCACUUGUGUUAUUAAAACAUCUGGGAACUGUUUAAAUUGUGGGGGAAAACAUGUUUCCUUUAAAUCAAUGUUAACCAGUUCAACAUUUUUUUUGGUGAAAAUUACCUCUUAAGUGUGAUAAAGGGAAGAACUGCUUGAUGACACUGAAUGUUCCUUUGUUUUAUAAUAAUUGUAAUAAUGAUGAUUGGAUGUGUUUGGGUUGUAUGUUUGAAUAAAAGAGAAUUGCGGCUUA